AUGUACGGCGUGGCCGUGGAAAAUCGCCGGCGUUUGCUUGCAAACUUCAGCGUGCUUAUUACCAACCACAAGUCAUUGCUCCCACCAGUGGAUGACUUGAUAAAUAUUAUAAAGUAUGCGGGUGGCAAGGCGACAUCGAAAGGAAAGCCUGCGCCGGGUGACAUCGUUAUCUCGAGUGAAGCGGCUUUAGCUACCGCAGCGGUACGCAAGCAACUCGUGGACGUCAAUCCUGAGCACAUAUACUCGUCCGAGUUGAUUUUGAGAAGCGUUUUGCAGCAGCGAGUUGAUCUGGACAAUUACAGAGUGCGAGCUCCUAGAAGCGGUGAAAGCAAAAUCCGCUGA